UUGCAAUGAGCAGAUUUCUCUGGACAAUUUCAAGAGCGGACGGCUGCACACGUUUCUCACAAGUGCUUUCAGCCACGCACAACUUGAUCACCUCUUCACCAAUAUGAUCGGGCUCUACUUCUUUGGGACCAGUGGUGCAAGUGCUGCAGUUAAUGCAACUAUCCUUCUGGAGAUUUUUCUGUAUCCCAAGAGACUAGUCUAUCUUUACUUUCUCAUUCCUAUUCCAGCUGCAUUCAUGGGGGCUGCUUUGAUUGGUGCUGACUUAUUAAGGGUCAAGAAGGGGCAGGGUCAUGUAUCUGGUUCUGCUCAUUUAGGGGGUGCCCUAGUUGCUGCUCUCGUGUGUGCUUGAAUUGGGAAAGGCUGGAUCUGAUCUUUUAGCUUUAUAGAUGGACCAAAAGUGCAAACCCAACCAACUGCGCCCACCUUGUGGCCCCUUUGGUUGAAAUUUGUAUUUAUUGUUAUUUGGUAACUUACUGAGGAUUGAGGGAUGACUCCUAGAACAUGCUGCUUACUGUCCUAGAAAAUAUCAUGGCGGAUAUUGUCAACUUUGGCUGAAAUUUAGAAUUUAAUUCUGUCAAAGACCAUCCUUGAACAAAGAAGAUCCCAAUCUCAGUUGGCAGGUAAAUUUUGAGUAGUGGAGAUUAUGACGGGGCUACCUGUGCUGCCAGAAAGCAGGGAAAAAAGGAUGGCAGGAGAGUAAUGCAGGAAUGGUUCAAGGGGCGCGUUAAAGGAUGCCUGUUGAGUGAUAAAGAUCUUAUGGAUGUCAAAAGAAUUAUUGCCACUCCUAAUUAUUAUCUUGUCUUAACGGUGCUUUCCUUUCCUCUCCUGUCUUAUGCUACUUGUCAUACAUGCUGUUCGAAGAUGCUGCAUUUUGCAAAUAAAUCACUGAGUGUGAGGCCACGCACCGUAGCGAACUGCAUGUAUCUGGGGAGCGUUCUUCGAGUCAUGAGCUACCGUUGCAGAGAGGUGCACGGCCGUUGAUCCACUCUAAUUUGAUUUACUGAUGCCCUAAGUGCCUCAUCUUUUGUUUUUCGAGGACAAUCAAGUUCCCUGCUUCUGGCAUUGUGUGCCACGAGAUUGGGCAAAACUGGGGUGUAAUCCACUGAGCGCUGGCGUUUCCUCCGGCGUUUCCACUGGGUUUAUGAUCCCCGGCGUGACCCGAAUUUCCUCCGUUCCGGCGGCCGGCGCCGAGACGUUGGCUUCCUGCAUAAGCAACACGAGUUCAACGUGCUGCCUACAUGCUCAUAUGAUUCAGCACGAGCCGUCUCGUCCCAAUCAUCAGACGAGAUAACACUACGGCGCCCGACGAGCCUCAGACGACACGUCGACCCGUAUGCCUGCCAGUGCUAGGCCUGUAGCCCUUGAUGAGACCACAAUCAUCACGAACGCAAUCUGGCAUGUAGCCCUUGAUGAGACUACAUUCAUUACGAACGCAAUCACAACUGGCAAU